UCCUCUCUGUUUGGUGUGCGGAAAAAAGAAAGUGCCCAAGAAAGUUGCGAUGUGCUGAUAGUAGUAGAAACAUUUCAAAUGUUUAUUAAUUUAUAAAUCAAUUGCAUGUAGAAUCUCUUUCCCGAAUUCUCAACCAACUUUCUUUGACAUAGAAGACUUCCCUUCCUAAUAAAGGUAGCAAAUAGAUCGGAUCGAUUGGUUGCAUUUGCGAACAGGGAGGGGCUGCUGCUCCAGCUGAUCGAGCAUAACUCGGAACCUCUGAAUAUAUAGCACAGCCUAUAAAAUGUAUUAUCUUAAUGAAACAACUCUUCCGUCGACGGAGAACUACGCCCAAAGAGAAGCCCAUGCAUCCAACUUAGAGCUAAAGACUGUAUCCAUUAAUCCAGAUGAUACAUAUACGGUUCAACAAGCAAUUAAUGCAUUCGGAUUUGGAUGGUUCCAUGUGAAACUGUCGCUGAUGGUGGGGCUUUGCUGGAUGGCAGACUCCAUGGAAAUGGCCAUUCUAAGUAUUAUUGGUCCGGCAUUGUUCUGCGAGUGGAACGUGAGCAAGUUACAGCAAGCUUCAGUCACAACAAUUGUGUUUUUGGGAAUGAUGAUUAGCUCUAGUUUUUGGACCCAGCUGAGCAACAGAUAUGGCCGCAAAUCGGCACUCACCUUGUUUGGAGUACUAUUAGUUUUAUAUAGCAUUCUAAGCUCAGUUGCCCCCAGCUAUGCUUGGCUUCUAACGCUGCGAGGGCUCGUAGGGUUCACCAUCGGAUGCGUCCCACAAUCUGUCACGUUGUAUGCAGAGUUUUUGCCCACAAAGCACAAGGGAAAGUGCGUCGUCCUAAUGGAUUGCUUUUGGGCAUUGGGAGCGUGCUUCGAGGUUGUCUUGGCCCUGGUUAUAUAUCCCUACUUUGGAUGGCGAGGACUUUUGGGAUUGUCGGCUACGCCGCUAUUGAUUUUCACACUGCUCUCCCCGUGGCUUAGCGAAUCGGCUCGAUAUCACUCAAAUAAUGGACGUAACGAUAAAGCCUUAAAGGUUCUAGAGCAGAUAGCACAGAAUAAUAAGCGUCAUAUGCUGAUCGGUCGCUUGAUUGCCGAUGAAGAGCCCAGCUCCACCGAGAGCUUCAGGUCGCUUCUGAGUCCCAAUCUGUAUCGGACCACUCUCCUAUUAUGGUUUAUAUGGCUUGCCUCGGCUUUCUGUUAUUACGGAUUGGUGCUGGUUACCACAGAGCUGCUGGUUGCGCGAAACAAGGAGAAAUAUCCGAAUGAGUGCGUUACAUUUAUGACCUCCGAUUUCAUGGACUUGCUCUGGAUUACUCUGUCGGAAUUUCCCGGUAUACUGCUGACAAUCAAAGUGAUUAAACUGUUUGGAAAGAAGAAAACAAUUGUCCUACAGUACUUGGUACUGGUCUUGUGUACUUUCGUGUUAACGACAGUCUCGAGUCGAUUCUCCACUUCGGCUACACUCUUCAUUGCCAGGGGAGCGAUAUCAGGAAUUUUCCAAGCGAUAUAUGUCUACACUCCCGAAAUAUAUCCCGCUGCUCUGCGAUCCAUAGGUGUCUCAGGAUGCUCUGUGUUGGCCCGGCUCGGCGCCAUGCUCACCCCGUUCGUGGCCCAAGUACUGAUGGAGUCGUCCAGAGUACAGGCCGUUUCUAUCUAUGGAUGCGUUGGACUCCUCGCAGCCAUCGCGUGCGCUUUUCUGCCCCGCGAAAAUAUGGGAUAUCACUAGUUGUGUGUCGGAAUGAAAGCGAAAUUCGAAAUCUAAAUGUAAUGCCUGACCCAUAGCAGAAAUUGCUGCUCAAUUUCCAACCACAUUUAAAGCAUUUGCCUAGUUUUGGGCUUGUGUGUAAUAACGGUGGGCACGACUAGUUUCUUAAUUGUUGAAAAACUAAAAUAAGUUUUCUUAUUUUCUCAGUAUUUUCAAUGUAGUUGAUGCUAUUCUCAAAAGGGAAUCUUACAUUCAGUUAUGAGUGCCAAGAAAUGGAGCCUCCCUUACUACAAUGAUUGUAGGUUGUGGUUCUGAUGUUGGUUGCUGUUCCUAAGUAGUCUCUAGGAUAGCUGGAAAUUCGCGGAUGAAUCAUCUAAAAUUGAGAGAAAAAAAGCUCAAUAAGUGCUCAAUGAGAUGUGACCAAACCAAAUGAUCAUUAUGCUCUAGGUUUUUAAGCUUUUACAGUUCCCUCCUUUUUGGGACCAGAGACCAGAUGCUUCUUCGUCUAUAUUCAGUAUUGGGAGUAAUUAGACUGGGAUGUUUAACCCUAGUGAUUAAAGUACCCUCCCCUCACCGCCCUUAUGCAACAAACAAUCGACUAUAUAUAAUUCAUCCUGUUAAUAUACAUGCAUACAUACAUAUGUAC